AUGAAUAACUUAUUUUUAUUCUUUUUUGGCCUUUUGGCAACUUUGCACUUCAGCAAUGUCCAAGCAGCUUUGGAAGGCGAGGGAAUAAUCGGCGGUGACGAUGCCCUUCCUGGAGACUACCCCUAUCAGAUCUCCCUGGAAGUCAGCGGUAAUAGCAUCUGUGGUGGAAGUCUGAUCGGUAGUAACCACGCAAUCACUGCAGCCCAUUGCGUCACAGAUACUACCGGUCGCUUAGUCAAACGAGCCACAAAGGUGGUAGCUGGCAUUUCGGAAUUACGUACCUAUCCGGCUGGUCGUAUCUCCGUUGACGUCGAGAAGAUCUACAUUCCCAAAUUGUACGAUCCGAAAACCUUCAACCAACACAUGGCAGGAGAUAUCGCUGUGUUGAGGUUGAAACAGUCCGUGGACUUUGAGGACAAUCCUUACGUGGGCAAGUUGAAGUUGCCAAUUGCUGGAAAGAGUUAUGCCGGAGAAAGGGUUGUGAUUACUGGAUUCGGCUGGACUAAAAUUAACACGAAGAAGAACCCGUGGACUGGAGGUAUUGUAGAGACUGGGGGAUCUAGGACUGGAAAGCUUAAGUGGGCCGAGAGCGAUGUUAUUACUAAGGCCGAGUGUCAGAGAGGAUACAGAUCACCGGUUCUUGAUAGCCAUAUCUGCUCGAAGCUCGUGCAGAGGAUCAGCACGCCUGAGGGUAUCUGCUCAGGUGACAGUGGCGGUCCAUUGGUUUACAACGGUGACACUCUUAUCGGUGUCGUAAGUACUAGUCCGCUUGGAUGCCGCGAGGACAAAGAUGCUGCCGUUUAUACAAGGGUCUCGUUCUAUUUGGACUUUGUUAAAAAGGCCGUCAAUGACAUCUAUGAUUCCAACACAAAAACGCUUACGCUAACCGAUUUCACUAUCAUGAACCUUCAGACUUCGUUGGUACUCGCGUUCGCGACGACAGCUCUGCUCGCUGGCAGUGCUGUCGGAGCACUGGAGGGCGAGGGGAUCCAGGGUGGUGAAGUUGUUGAACUGGGAAACUUUACCUACCAGGUAACCAUUCAAAUCAACGGUCGUAGCAUCUGCGGUGGAGGAAUCAUCAGCUCUACCCACAUAGUCACUGCUGCCCAUUGUGUCACCGACGAAAAGGGAGAGUUCACCAAAAAACCUAUGAAGAUCGUCGCUGGAAUCCAUGACCUCAAUAUUUGGGCCCCGACGUGGUUCGCCUCCGAUGUUCAGAAGGUCUACGUACCCAAGACCUUUGGUCUCACCGACUUCAAGAACAGUAUUCCUGGUGACAUCGCCGUUCUGAAACUCUUUAUGCCGCUGAAUAUGGAAUCAAACGAGAACUUGAGCAUUCUCAAGCUGCCAACUGAGAAACGCAGCUACGCUGGUGAGAAAGCUAUCAUUAGCGGCUACGGCUGGAACUGGGUCGAUCUCGUAGAGAACCCAGAGACGGGAAAACAAGAAGAAAAGGGCGGUGGUAAGGACGGAAAGAUGCGAUUCGCCGAGGCUAACAUCCUCAGCACCGAAGAAUGUCAGAAGGGAUAUAAGUCUAAAAUCACCGAGAACCAUCUUUGUGCUUCUCUUGUUCAACGUGAUUCGGACAAACCCGAGGGCAUCUGCUACGGUGACAGUGGUGGCCCUCUGGUAUACAACGGUGACACACUUAUCGGUGUCGUGAGCACCAGUCCUCUGGGAUGUCGGGAGACUGAAGCUGCAGCGGUCUACACAAGGGUAUCGUCUUUCCUGGACUUCGUCUACAAGGCUGUGAAAGAUGUCAAGGAUAAAAGCAUCCGCACCACUACGCUGAUGAUCGUCGUCUCAACUAAAGCAAUGAACAGUUUGAUUUUCCUGUUUGUUUACCUCUACUUGUCAUCGACGUUCGACGGCAACCAUGUAUUAGCUCUUGACGUUGAGGGUAUCGUCGGAGGUGAUUUCGCCACUGAGGGCAUGUUUAAGUAUCAAGUAUCGGUACAAAAGGAUGGUGAAGGUACUUGUGGAGGUGGCAUAAUUGCUGAUCAAUACAUUCUGACGGCUGCUCACUGUGUCGUUAACGAGACAGGUGUGUUCGAAAACAAACCGUACAAAGUUGUCGCUGAUUCUGUGGAUUUAAGGACACCCGCAGGUAUGAAAGUGUCCGUAGAUAAAGCUUACGUUCCUAGCGGUUAUCGAUCUUCCGAAUCAGCUGAUGAUAUUGCGGUGUUGAAGUUAAAAGAAGGUCUUAAUUUAGAUGAAAAUCCAAACCUAAGCAAGUUAGAUCUGCCCUUAUCCAGCAAGACUGUAAACUAUACCGGGAAAACAGCUGUUAUCGUCGGCUAUGGAUACACCUGGGUCAAGACAUUAUUCAAUUUAUUUCAGCUAGAUGGCGGCUCCGAUUUUAAACUAAAAUAUGCCAAUGUUACCGUGAUCGGUAAGGAAGAAUGCGAACUAACAAAUUUUAACAUUACCAUGGACAUAGAUCAACAAGUUUGCGGACGGUUGUUUCAACGUGAUCCAGAACAUCCCGAGGGAAUAUGUUCGGGCGACAGUGGCAGUCCACUAGUAAUGAACAAUACAGUGAUUGGCGUCGUGAGCAGGGGUCCUCCGAGUUGCGAGGAAGACUUUAGCGCUGCCAAGUACACGAGAAUUUCAUUCUUCUUGAAAUUUAUUAAACAAGUUUUAGAAGUCUCUUUUGGAAUCACGUCUAAAAUUAUAGAAAACAAAAGCACUUUCUCGCAUAUGAUAGCCGUGAUCCGUAAAUGAUUAAAUGGAAAAAGCUUUUUUUUUUAAUUUUUGAAAAAUAGCACAUACAUUAUUUUCCAUUUAUUUUGACUAAGUUAUUCAAAACGUGCGUUUACCUUUAGCCGGAAAGUCCAGAUACUACGUGUGAGGGACUGCUAAUAAAACAAAUAAUAGCAUGCAUGAUUGGUUCUUAAUCAAGAUGAACAAAGCUAAUCAUUCAUUACAUUCAGAGAACAUUUUCGAUUGAUAAAGUAAUUAUUUUCUAUUAAUUCAUCAUAGAAAGAAUGAUAAUGCAUUUCGUACGUACAGCGACAAUUUGAGAAACGUCCAUUACGUCUUUUCCACUAAUCAAACAUUAAUGUCUCUAGAGUAUCGUCUUAGAAAGCAUAGGUAAUUAUAUGUAGUUUUCGACAGUGUUUUCCUCUUGUUCGGUGAAUUAUCGAUUUAAGCACAUUGGUCCUUCAUCUUUAUGAUAACAAGAUUAAGCAAACUUCGCGCACUAGCUGAAUGGGCGUUAAAACUUGCUCAAGAUAUGAGACGUCUUGGCCUACUGUUCUGCUUUUUUGGCAUCACGACUUUAUUACAAAUCGGCGAUGUUUAAUUAUUAGUCUCGGCACGUACUGUUCGUAUCAUUGGCGGCGAUUACAGCGUCAAGGGCCAGUUCCCUUACUUGGUCUCGAUUCAAACGAGCGGUCAACACCAUUGCGGAGGCAGCAUUGUCGCUGACCAGUACAUCCUCAGGGCAGCCCACUGUCUGAUCAACGACAAUAACAUUGCUCCAUACAAAGCUUACAGAGUCGUCUUCGACAGAGUGGAUCCGAAAUGAACGCUGAAUGAUAUUACGAUCUUGAAAUUGAAACAACGUUUAACACUCGGUGGUAAUUCAGUCCUGCAGAUGGUCCGUUUGCCAAGAUCUGGUGAUUCCUACGCUGGAUGCACAGCUGUCAUAUCUGGCUAUGGUUACACAAGCAUUGAGAUGGAGUUUGAUCCCACGACUAGGAGAAAGGUCGAAGGUCGAGGUUCAAGCGAUAACAAACUGAAAUACGCUUACGUCGACUUAAUGAGCAACAGUGACCAUAGAAAAGAACAAUUACUUGAUAUACCCUGGACAAAUUUGCGGCCAGGUGAAGCAGGAAGACAGGUUACAUCAGGGAAUUUGUUCCGGUGACAGCGGCGGCCCACUGAUUGUCGACCAUGUGCAGUUUGGUGUGGUAAGCUUUAGUCCCAUUGGCUGUGAUGAGUUCGAGAUGGCUUCGACCUACACACGUGUCUCGCAAUAUCUUUUGUUUAUUGACACUGUGAUCAAUGGUAAAAUGAGCGGCGAAGUGCGCUUUAUCCCUGUUCAUGUCAAAGGGUGAUAUUACUUUACUGGUCGCGAAUGAACCAAAUAUUUUCUGUCAAGGUUUUAUCAUUGUGAUUUAUCAUUAUUUUAUAAUUCAUUGAAUACGAAUACUUUUUACGCUAAAUGUAUGUAAUGUGAAUUGUUCUGUGUAUUGUUCUGCUGAAUAAAAAAUUUCGUGUCAUAUUAUUAAA